AUGACAAAACCAGAUGAAGAACAAACCCACCACCCUCGUUACAGAGUCGGCUACGCAUUCGAACCCAAAAAAGUUAACACCUUUAUCAUACCAUCCUUCAUCAACUUAGCAAACCUAAAUGGAAUCGACCUCGUACAAAUCGAACCCACAAAACCCUUACUCGACCAAGCCCCAUUUCACUGCAUAAUCCACAAAAUCUACGGCCAAGAUUGGAAACAACAACUCACAGAUUUCAAAUCCAAAUACCCAAACACAGUAAUCGUCGACCCACCUGAAAAAAUCCAACCUUUACACAACCGCGUCACAAUGCUCGAAUCCGUAACCCGAAUCCGAAUAACCCAACAACCCGAAAUCAAAAUCCGAAUCCCAAAUCAAAAAGUAAUCGAAAAAGACGAAACUUUAGAAGAAAUCGGUUUAAAAUAUCCGGUGAUAGCCAAACCCUUGUUAGCCAACGGCGGCGCGUCGUCUCACGAGAUGUGGGUCGUUCUAAACAGCAAAGGGUUUGAGCGCGUGAAGGAUCAAACGCCGUUACUGGUUCAAGAAUACGUGAAUCACAACGAGGUUGUUUUCAAAAUCUACGUCGUCGGAGAACACGUGGAGUGCGUGAAACGCCGGUCGUUGGCGGAUAUUCACGUGACGGCGGAGGAGGACGGCGGCGAUGGUGGUGGAGAGUGGAAUGGGGUUUCGAUUCUGCCGUUUUCUCAGAUAUCGAAUUCGGCUACGGUGGAACAUGAGAGUGAGAAGGUUGAUGAAGCUGUAAUGCCGGCGCCGGAGCUGGUGAGGGAGAUCGGAAAUGAGCUGAGAAGGGAAUUAGGGCUUCGAUUGUUUAAUUUUGAUGUGAUCAGAGUGAGUGGAGAAGAGAAUAGUUAUGCUGUGAUUGAUAUCAAUUAUUUUCCUGGAUUUGCAAAAUUACCACAUUUUGAACAAAUCUUUACAGAUUUUAUUCUUGGUAUUUGCAAAAAUGCCACAAUUGAUUAA